AUGUUACCAGUGUUUGGGACAACCCGGUCCACAUACGUGCCAGGACCUGCAGCUGAACGGAAUGUGUGCCGCACGAGCAGGAACACGCAGUUGAAUGUGGGCCAAUCGCCUGAGGAUGAGAACAGCACAGUUGAUCAGUUGAUCAGUGAAGACCAAUUAACUGCUGAAGUUGAAGUUGAAGAGCACAAGAGAAGCCGGAACCAAAUCCUCAAACCUUUUCGUUCAAAGGAACUUGGCCCUUUCAUCCGGAACUACGAGUUGCUAUCAUAUGAAACCCAGCAACCGAGCAACGACAGCGUCCGAAGGUUCAAGCGUGCUGCAGACGAGUGGUCCGGCGCUGCGCGUGUUCGUUUCAAGGCCCUUGGAAGAGAGUUUCGCCUCCUACUGCACCCUGAUCUAUCCUCGUUUUCCGACGACUUUGUCAUGACCACGGCGAGAGGCGCCGUGGACGUCGACCUUUCGCACAUCGUCUCCGGUCACGUGGAAGGCGAUCCGGGCAGUAGAGUGCUUGGUUCUGUCGUCCACGGCGUAUUCCAUGGACGCAUCAGCAUAGGAAACGGGAGCGUCUUCUACGCCGAGCCGGCAUGGAUGUACCCACUGCUUCAGAACAAGGGACACACCGUCUUCUACUCUGCCAAAGACGUGCGCUGGCCGCCACAGCUCGGACCGCAUGGUGGAUGCGGUCUUGACAAGCUGCAAGCGUAUCCGCACAAGCAGAACGCCACACUGGGAGCUCGCAACAGUCCCCCGCACUUCGAGCAACCUCCGCGGAAGAAGACACUGGCUUAUCAAUGGCGCCGCCCCUUCCAAGAUGGCAGGAAGCGGCGCGUUCGGCGUUCACCCGACUACGCCGAUCCGCCGCCUGGCGGUAGGCGCAAGCCACAAUCGCGCUCUGGCCGUCGCACAAGUUCACGCAAGGACCCCACUCGGCGAGUGUGCCACAUGCAGAUCGUCGUGGACCACAUGCUAUACGACUUCUUCGCCAAAGAUACGGACGACAAGGUGGCCCACGAGCGCAUCACUUCUAUGGUUGGCACGCACAUGGCGUCCACGAACAUAAUCUACUCCGCCACCGACUUCCAAGGCGUCGUCGGCAUGCGAUUUGUGAUACAAGACCUCAGGAUCAACGACACCAGCGCCUGUGAAGGCGGGGAAGCGGCGAAUAACCCGUUCUGCCGCAAUGAUUUAGACGCCAACCUGAUGCUCCAGCUGUUCGCUUUGGAGGAGCGCAACGACUUUUGCCUUUCGUACGCCUGGACCAACCGCGACUUGGGCGAAGGAACUCUGGGACUGGCAUAUCUGGCCUACGCUAGUGACAAGCUCGGAGGUGCGUGCGAGAAAUUCCGGUCAGUGAACACUCGGGAGGGCAUCCGACGCAUGGCGCUGAACACGGGCGUCAUAACGUUGUACCUGCACGGCGGACCGGUUGCCCUGGCCGUCAGUGAAGUCACAGUGGCCCACGAGAUUGGCCACAGCUUCGGCGCCUUGAUUUUCUUCGGAACUACACAAUCUUCCGAAAAGACCGUGACGAGGCACAUGCCUCCGGCGGUGUAA